AUGUCGCCUACAGCUCCUGUAGAAUUCCUUUUGAGUAUUAUGAAUGAAGAAUUGAAACAGAAAUUUGAAACAUUCAAUGUGGAAUUAUUACAAAAUAUACAAAUAGUUUUCAAUGUUUGCACAGAAUAUUUAACUGAACUUUCAAAAUCUGUUACUAAUGAUGAACAAAUAAUUGGCGAUCAUAGAAAUAUUGAACGUAUUAUAUCCAAAUUGAAACAACUGCAAAAUUCGUUGGGUAAUCUAUGA